AUGAAUUGUCCAGUGUUUCUGGUGCUUCUGUUGACCGGCUUUCUUUGUAUCGCGGCGCAAGAGGCAAACGUAGCACACCAUUACUGUGGCAGGCAUCUGGCGAAUACUCUAGCAGAUUUGUGUUGGGACACGAGUGCGGAGAAACGCAGCGAAAGUUCUUUGGCCAGCUACAGCAGCCGAGGCUGGCCUUGGUUGCCGACACCGAAUUUCAACAAACGCGCCAUCAAGAAACGCGGCGUCGUUGAUGAGUGUUGCAUCCAGCCCUGCACUUUAGACGUACUGGCGACUUAUUGUUAA